GUUGAGGCUCAGCUUGCACUUGUUUCGGCGGGUUUUGCGUAUAUAUCUGCCCUGCUGCAUGAGAGAGUAAAAGAAGUUUUUUAUCUCCUACUCCUAUUGCUUUUUUUCACCUCGUCCAAACUUUGUCUCGUUGGAUGAACGAAGAGUGAGAGCAGGAGCACAAGGACAAGCAAACAAGGCCGCGCAGCACAGGAGAAGGUGAAGGACUUUUGCUAGUGUCUGUUGCUAUUUCAACAUCAGCGUCCGAUCUUGGUGUCGACGGUCCUUUUGUUUUUGUUGCUCGGAGAAGCAGAAGCCCCCUCCUCCUGUGUUUGUUGUACCGCCUCGCGCCAUCCAACGACGAACGAGAAGGGAAGAGGCCGCUCAGCAUUGAAAACUACCGAAUGCUAGUGUACGUGCUGCUCCCCCUCUUGGUGUAGUGUUUUGUCCACCUGACCUGGCUGCAAGCAAGAAACACGGUUUCCCCUUGACGGACCUGCUGUCGUGGCUCGCGGCUCGAAGGAGCCGCGCUCCUCCUAUCCUCCUCGACCUCUUGUUCUACGCGUGUCGUGCAGCACUGCACAGGAAAAUAGGAAAACAAGAACGCCGCGACGAGCCGUCAGCUGCAACUGAGAAAGGUGCUGCUGAGAAGCACUGUUGAAGUGGUUGUGCAACUUCAUUUUGCUCCGCAACAAAGGAAGAUAAAGUAAAGAUUGAAGAUGAGCAAGCCGACGAAAAACGCCAGCAAGAAAACCACUGCAGCCGCCCCCAAGAAAUUAGCGGUUCAUACUAACGCCGUCAUUUUGCAAAUGCAAUAUCUAUGGAUUUUAUUCCGCAGUGCUCUUAUAGACAACCUGAUCUCAUCCAUUUCAUCAUCUGUAACGCAUUUCAUCUUGCCUGUCAUCUCCUCGGUUUUUGCUAUAGUUCUUAAGCAAAGAAGUAAAUCCACAACAUGAACAACAUUGACAUUCAUAGGCUUUCACUUUUUCAAGAACUCGCCGGCUUAUUUCAUCAUCAUCAGGCUCCCAAAAUUCCUGGUCGCAACCCCCGGGAAUAUGCGGUGGUCUCUGCAACUUGGCUGCGCAAGAUAUGGAGGGAUUCUCAAACGUUACGCUCUCAGCUGUUACGUGAUGGAUUUGUGAUGCAAAAACAGCAAAAGCGAAAGAGGGAAGAUUGCGCACUUCGCAUAACAAGAAAAUCUCGUGGGGCCUGGUGCGAGAAGAUGAAUUUGUUAUGCGAAGUGCCUUGAUUGUGUGGCGGCUUAUGCUACUUACUUAAUUUAGCAUGGGUACAAAGCAAGCAACCGUUGAGGGCGUAACGUUUGGGAACCCCAUACAAGAUCCAAACCGAGUUUCCCACGAGCGCAAAUACAGCGUCACCGACAACGGGUACUACAGGCGGAGCUGCAGCAGAAAGUAACAAACCAAGCAGGGUUGUGAAAAAUCCGAACAACUACACAAACAUCCCGUCGAGACAAAUUUCGCACCAAUCCGAGCAGCCCGUGCAGACCAGCCGAAUCCCGGCACCGCGGGCCGAUGCUCUUGACGAAGAGCUUUCUCGGAUGGCAGUGGCGGGCAAGCCCUCGCUUAUCCCGCCACCAAAAGUGGUGGCGCAGCACGGUAGUGGUACCAACGCGCCGGCGCGGGGAAAGAUGGCGGCGGGGGGGCAAGGGGUCGCCGCCACCGGGACGAAGAAGGGCACUGGUAAAAUGAGUGGCGGGCGUGCAGCUGCUAUCAAAUGUAAAAAUGUCUGGGUCUGGAAGAAUGCAACUUGUGAUGCUGCAUUUGGAUUCCAGAAAAAUCUGUAUUGCAUGAGUACCAAAAGGAAUGCAAUUUUUGCUACGCGGAGAGGGCAUGUGUCAUGCGGAAUAGGCAUCAAGAAGCUCUCAAAAAAUCUGUGAUACUAAGGCAUGCAUAACAGACAUCAGGGCUCAUGCAAAACGUGCAUGACAAGUGUCAGAAUCUUCCAGACCCAGACAUUUUUACAAUCCAUAGCUGCUCCGGGAAAGCAACAGGGAGCUGCAGGCACUAUAGGGGCGUUCGAUCAUGUGCAGGUUGGCGUGCCAGGAGGGGGAGGAGUCGGUGGAGGUUCUGAAAACAUCAUGAAUCUCGUGCCCCCGCAAGACGAUAACAAUGUGACCAUCACGAACUUCGGAGGAGGUGCUGGUGGGGCACCCGCACUGGUUGGAGCUCCGGCCGGUGGUCCCCAUCAGAGCAACCCAUAUCAGCAACAAGGAGCGCCUCUGCGCUACAACGACGUCGCACCUGCUGCACAGCCAGGACCUCUAAACAACUACCACCCAGCAACCUCUUCCACGAGUAAUCCGUAUGGUUCCCCGUCCGGAGUAGGGAAUAAUCAGAACUAUGUAUCAACCAGAAAUAAAGUGCUAACGUGAAGGGUUUUUUUGCAGCAGAUGGGCGUGAAGAUGAGAGAUUUAUAUAUUCGUCUAUGUAUAAUCGUGCAUGCCAUGCAAAAAUACGAAUGCACCAUGUGUCGUCCUCACAUUACAAACACAAUAUCUUUACAACUACCCGUUGACACUUUUUUCUGGGAUACUUUCUGGCGAACAACCCUUUGUACCAACCCGCCCAGUAUCUGCAGCAGCCGCCAGGCUAUGGUAGUUAUGACCACAGGGCCGCACCCCAACACCAGCACCUCCAGCACCCUGGUGCCACGAGUACUACGACCUCUCCACACCAGCCGCAGUCCAGUAAUAUGCAACUCGCCGGGCAGAACAUUGUCUACCCUCGUGGCCGCAGGGACCCGAACGCGCCGCAUCCGCACUCGCCCUCCACGGUGCAAAACCCCUUUGUUCUGGGGCCAGCAGCUCCGGGGCAACAGCAUGGUAGUAGUUCUAUGAUGCAGCAGCAGCAGCCGACGUCUAUGGCGCCGUUGGGGAGCCAACACGUGCAACACCCUGGAGGCGGAGGUGGACCUCCGCAAAGUAAUUACCUAGCAGCCCCUGCGCCUGCUCAAGCCGGCCGAGCAGGACCGGGCGUGCCGGUUGGUGCGGUGGGAGGGCCGUAUCAUCUCCAGCAGCGACCUGGCGUUGGUAAUGUGGUAGCUGCGCCACUGCAGCAAUAUCCGAACCCAUACCAAUAUCCCAAGCAAAAAGUGUUACAGUUUCUACGCAUUUGCUGUGAACAAGACUAAGGCAACACAAACUUUCUCUAGUGCAUAGUAGUAGUAGACGAGGAAACCUGCAAGGAAGACCAAGGCAGAGAUCACGAUAAGCAGGCUGAGGAGCUGCAAUAUAAAUAACAAGGCUUCUGAGCCUAUCUUCCGGCGUAACAGAGCUUGCUUGGUUUGCAACACAAUGUGUGCAGCACUUUUUUCUUCGCAUAACCAGCAACCCGGCGGGCCUGCUCCUCCGGUCAAGAACUACUACGGCCAACAGCACCAGCCGGUUCCGACGGGGGCAGGUGCAGGUCGUAUGCACUGCCAAAGAAUUAUCAUCGCAUUCACUAGAAGUAAAAACAAGUCUACCAUCGGUUGUGGUCGCAUGAGCAAUUUCAUCUACCACGGCGGCAAAUAGAUGAAAUUUCAAUUUGUAUAUGCAGAUCUCCAUAGAAGGAUCAGAUCUGCCAUUUUGCAUCAACGUUGGCAUUGAUAAGAAGAAGCGCGCUAGUGGUCAUGAUGAUGAUGGUACUUACUUUUACAGUGGAUAGCCCCGGGCGGGCAGCAAGAACAAUAUCACCAGCACGUGCAGCCCAGCAACAGAGUUGUCAACCUCGACGCGCCGGUCAGGCUAGAAAGCCCCCGGGGUGGCAGGAAGCUUGUGGUGCACCAGAGAAAUAUUAAUCACAACAACAUGCCACCGCAAAAUCAAUUUCAGCCGCCUGGCGGGGUAGGAGGUGGACAUAUGCCACUUCAGCAACUACCGGGAGGCGGAGGUGCAGCUAGUGGCGCCGCCGGCCCAGCAAAUAAUUACCCAAUGCAGCUUCAGCAGCCUGCUCCUUUCCCGCACACCGCGCACCAGCCUCAAAUCCUCCAGCUGGGCCACCCGCACCCGCCGACGUCCCAACUACCUCCCGGCGCGGCUGCAGGACCAGGAGGGUACGCGGAAUUCACUCCGCCGGCGAACGUCGGCCCCCCGGCGGCUUUCGGCUCGGCGGGCGGGCCGAGCAGUGGGGGCAGCGGGGCCGGGAUGUAUGGACUGAUGAACAACACGCCGCAGUUGCCAAGCCCCGGCGGAGUUGCCGCAGUUGCAGCCCCCGCGCCGGCGCAUCAACAACUACCAGUCACGACGCACCAAUUAACCAAUAACCGGAUCAUAUGGAGCUGUCAGGUUUGAAAUCGUCAAAGUUGAGAUAGUUUGCCACGCAUAGAAUGCAACGCAGAAAGCGCCUGUCUUGCAGAGUAGGCAAGCGAGGCAGAUUGUAAGCCUGUUUCGGGGUAGAAAUAGAGCUGCUGAAGUAGCACGACAAAAGGCGUCUUCCUUACCCAAACAGCAUUACAAACUGGACUUCGGCUCUACUCAUAUUUGUCAUGCGCCGCUUAGAAAAUGGGCUUGCAACUGGCAUCGAUUUUAUGCAUUACAAGUUAUUUCAACUUCGUCGAUUUCAACUCUGACACAUCCAUAGAUGAAUUCCACGAAGCUUUUUUUCGACCCGGAAGAGGAGGAAAGACUGCGCCGAUAUGAAAGCCUCAGAAUGGAAAUCCUCAAAGUGGAAAUGAUUUGUGAUGCAUGAAAUGCAAGGCAAAAAAGACUGUAUUGCGGAGGACACAAUGGAGACCGACUAUUGUCCUGCUAGGGGUGAAGAAUUGGAGUGCUGCUUAGCACGCGAGAAGGGCACCCCUUUGCCUUAACCUGCAUGACAGACAUGCUUUAAGGGCCCAGGAAAUUUGUCAUGCGCCGACUACAAAUGGUGCUACAACUGGAGUCGUUUUUUUGCAUUACAGUUUCCACUUUGAGGAUUUCCAACCUGAGGGUGUCAUAGCCGAAAGCGCAUGGACCAAGCCCGCGACCUGGCGCAACAGGUCGAGGAAAAACGGAGACAGCGGGAGGUAUGGGAGUGUCAGAAUCGAAAUUGAUAAAGUAAAAGUUGUACAAAAUGUAAUUUGGCCUGUCUUGUGAGAGGCGGAAAAUGAGGCGAGCCAUAACAUAAGCCUUUUUCGAGGUAGACAGCUUUCUUUGUCCAAACAGCAUGACAGACUGACUUCAGGCGUUCCCAAAAUUUGUCAUGCACCAGUGAGCAAGUGGGUCGGGGUCCCGGUCCGGGUCCAACUGGUACCUUUUUUUAUGCAUGGCAAAUCAGAAUUUCAGCCUUGUGGAUUUCGAACCUGGGAGAUCCAUAGGAAGAGGAGAGGCUGAAAAUGGAGGAGGAGAAUCGGAGUAUCAAGUGCAAAUAUGUCUGGGUCUGGAAGACGAGUGAGACUUGUGACGUUGCCUGUGCAUUCUAAAGAUAUCUGUGUUGCAUGAGCAGCAAGAGGAGUCCAGUUCUUGGCACGCGGAGUGGGCGUCUCGGAUGCGUGAUAAGGAGCAUCAAGAAGCUCCUCUCAAGAAAUCUGUGAGGCUACGACCCGCAUCACAGACCCCACGGCUGCGGGUCAUGCAAAAUGUGAAUGGCCAACCUUGCGGUGCAACCUUCCAGAUGACCCAGACAUAUUUGCAAUGCAUAAGGAGAGAGGACGAGCGCAUCCAGCGCGAACAGGAGGAAAUGCGGCACAGAUAUGAGCAGGAAGUCGGGUACUUCUAGUAUGAGAAUAAGAAUAAGUAGCUAUCUUCAAGAUGGACGGACCACAUGAUCAACCAACUUUAAUUCUAUAUAGAAGUAUUUGUAUUUGUAUUUCGAGUUGUCUGACUGUUCGCCCGGCGCCCUUGUAAUUUGGUUGGUUUUCUAAAUCAUGUUUAUGUUACGACCCGCAAGAAGUCUAUACCUAUAGACGUCUAAAAGUAAAAAUGCGCAUCGAUUUUUGUAUAUGAAACUACCUACAACAGAUGAGUAGAAAAUUAAAAUCUCCACAGCCCCGGCCGCGGCUCAUCUUCCACAAACGACCCGCCACAGAUGAUGCACAGCAGCACGCCAAACUUGCAGAAUAGCACAACCGGACCGCCACCAGGCCACCACCAGGAGAACUACAACCACGCGAACAACUAUCAAAGUAACUAUGGAGAAGUGGAGAUUUCCGUCCAAGGCUAUGAUCCACAAAAAAAGACCCAACAUCCCCAUCCAAUUUUUGUCAUGCAAAACACGCAUCAAGUUCAAGUCCUGUGCUUCUCAUGCAGAAAAUGGAUGGAGGUGGGUGCUUUAUUUUCCAGGUGGAUAAGUUCGGCGGGAUAGUACCACAAGGCGGGGGAGGAGGUGGUACUCAUGCUCCAGCUGGUGCACCUCCGCCGCAACCGCUACCCGCGACGUACAGUAAUGAUUACAACCAGCAGCCAAUGAACAACUACAACAGCUACCAACAAGCGCCAGCGCCGAUAAUGCAGCAAAAUCAAAAUCUAAGUCAAAAUCCGAACCUGUACGGGUCGCCCAAUAUGUACGCUGGUAGCAGCCUUGGCGGACACGACUCGUCGUUUCAAGAGGAAGACUACAACUACGGGAUAGAAAACACUUCGUAUCAGGAUGAAAAGUGUCCUUCAUCUACAGACGCCGGAAGACGAGGGGAAAACGAAAAGUGUCGAUGCAAACAAGUUCGAGUUUUCUCAGAUGAAAACUUUUUGCCUUGCAUGAACAAACGACUACGAGUAUUCCUGAUCCAGAGGGUAGGCACCGUCGCAAUCGUCCUCUACACGACAAAUUAUGUCCUCCUCGUGGCUGUUUGUUUGGCGUUUUUUGCAACAGAUUCUACCUCCUCCCCACAGAAGGGGAACGAAUGGCUACAUCAGGAACUUUUGCAAUACAGACGCUUCAACAUCCGGUCGCUGUAGCGCAGUGUGUUAGUUUAGCAAGGCAAAAAUACGCUUUUUUUUCCGGCGGUAAAAGGGGCAGUUUUCUUUUUGAUACUUCGAUGCAGCAGCAAACCCACCUGCAGCCGCAUCUGUCGACUACCAAUCAAAAGCAGUCGUAUCAAAACCAACAAGACGUGGACCGACAAAGGCAGGCGGACAAGGUGAGAAGGAGGAUUCGCAGAAAAAGGAGGGCAUCACAGGAAAAACUUGUUAGCGUUAACGGUUUCGAGCACGACUUGCAGUCAUGAUGCAUGGCAGAUCUUUUGCUGUUAUCAAGCUGCAUGGGAUGCAAUUGAUUACCAAGAAUUUGGGCGCGUUUAUUUCGCAUGCGGGAACACGAAUACUGAGACUGACUGCGUGCCGAAUGCGCUUAACGUGAGCAACGCUUUUUCCUAUGAUAAAGGGAGUUAGAGGAGUUGGAGAAGCAGGGGGAAAUUUAUCCAGGAACAAAAACCGAUCCCCAGCCAUGCACUUUGUGAUGCAAAUGAACAUGAAGCGUACGAGCCUCCUGCUGCCCUUCAUCAUGCUAAAGUGAGUCAACAUGGGGAUGAGUUUUUUUCUGAGAAUAAAAUGAACCCGACGCCGGAAUAUCUGCAGGAGCUGAGCGAGCAUUGCAAUAACGUACUAGUAGUUUUUUUAAGUAAUUCUAAUUGUAGCAUACUAACUUGAACUUGGCUGGUGAUGACUACAAGAAAAUCCUUGCGGCAUAAUAUAGAGAGCGUGGGCGCGGCGACUGAAGUAGUAGAUAUGCACGAGAUUCGAAUAGCUUCGCCCGCUGGGUGUGACAUCGCAAACUUGCGCUAGAAGGAACAGUUUUCACAGAGGUCACUUGCCGCGACGGCGCGCGGGCGUUUUCGGUAUCAACUGAGAAAGACACUGCUUCUGCUGUCGUGCCGCAGUGCGUUUCCAGCUGCAAGGAAGCCCAGCCGGAAGCACAUUGAAAACGCAUCCGCAGCGCAUCCCAGCCGGAAAUGCCUCUUCAGGGCAUUUCUGCCGAUGGUGGAGAUCGAGCUAGAGACGCCCUCUCAGACAGAGCGUUUGCGUUCCUAGCUGGAAAUCCAGCCAGAGAGGCCCCCUCCGUGCAUUUCCAGCUGGAAGGAAAUCUAGCCGGGAACGCAUUGGAAACGCACGCGCGACGCUUUUCCAGCUGGGAGCUCGGCUGGAGAUGCCUGCUCAGCCCGUUUCUUCUAGCUGAAAGUAAAUCCAGCCGGAGACGCAGCGAAAAUGCAUCCGCGGUCUAAUGGAUGCCUUUGCAAAGCAUGCCGAGCUGGAAACUCGGCUAGAGACGCCGCCGCAGUGCGUUUCUGCUUGGGAAUCUAGCUAGCGACGCCGUCUCAGUGCAUUUCUAGCUGGAAACCCACCUAGGGACGCCGUCUCAGUUCGUUUCUAGCUAGAAAUCCAGCCAGCGACGCCGCCCCGGUGUGUGUCCAGCAGGGAAUCCAGCUAGCAAUGCCGUCUCAGUGCCUUUCUAGCUGGAAGGAAAUACAGCCGGAAAGGCAGCGGCAGCGUGUUUCCGCUAUCGAAAACACGAACGGCGCCGGCUUCCGUCUACGGCAUAUCGACGGAAGCCGGCACCGUUCGAUAUGCCGUGCGUGUUUCCGCUACGGCAUAUCGAACGGUCCCGGCUUCCGUCUCCGUCGGCUGCUCGCGAUGUCUCCGUGCGCGCGAUCCGCUAAAGCCUUUUUUCCUUAGGGAUUUCAGUAAGGAAGCGACACGCGACCGCGCAGAUCCGAGUGACCCCCUACGUCACUCCCCCCGCCCUUUCGAUAUGAUGACACUGCGCCCCAAUCUGUGUGAAUGAUUUUAAGAUCUAAGAUUAUAACUAAGAUGAUGACUUUUGAGAUGAAGACUUACAUGCGGGGGGCCCUCGCCCCCCCCCCCGCGCCCCCCCCGCCCUUUCGAUAUGAUGAUACUGCGCCCCAAUCUGUGCGAAUAGUUUUCAUUUUUAAGAUGAAGACUUACAUUGGGGGGGCCCUCCCCCCCCCUCUCGCCCCCCCCGCCCUUUCGAUGUGAUCCUAUUGCGCCCCCAUCUGUAUGAAUGAUUUUGAUUAUGAUCCCAUUGCGCCCCAAUCUGUAUGAAUAGUUUUCAAGUCUAAGACUAUAACUGAUCGAUCUAAGAUUAUGACUUUUACAUGCGGGGGGCCCUCGCCCCCCCCCGCGCCCCCCCCCCCCUUGCGAUAUGGUGAUACUGCGCCCGCCCAAUCUGUGCGAAUAGUUUUCAUUUUUGAGAUGAAGACUUACAUGCGGGGGGCCCUCGCCCCCCCCGCGCCCCCCCCGCCCUUUCGAUAUGAUCCUAUUGCGCCCCAAUCUGUAUGAGUGAUUUUGACUAUGAUCCUACUGCGCCCCAAUCUGUAUGAAUAAUUUUUAAGUCUAAGACUAUAAUUGAUCGAUCUAAGACUAUGACUUUUACAUGCGGGGGGCCCUCGCCCCCCCCCGCGCCCCCCCCGCCCUUGCGAUAUGAUGAUACUGCGCCCCAAUCUGUGCGAAUAGUUUUCAUUUUUAAGAUGAAGACUUACAUGCGGGGGGCCCUCGCCCCCCCCCGCGCCCCCCCCGCCCUUGCGAUAUGAUGAUAUUGCGCCCCAAUCUGUGCGAAUAGUUUUCAUUUUUAAGAUGAAGACUUACAUGUGGGGGGCCCUCGCCCCCCCCCGCGCCCCCCCCGCCCUUUCGAUAUGAUCCUAUUGCGCCCCAAUCUGUAUGAAUGAUUUUCAUUUUGACUAUGAUCCUAUUGCGCAUUCAGAUUUAAGAUUGAGACUGAGAUAGAUCGAGAUUUGAUAUGAAAGUGCGAAAAUUUGAACUCUUGAACAAAUUGAAUUAUUCAAUUUGAACUAUUGAACAAAUUGAAUUAUUCAAUUUGAAUUAUUCACGAAAUUGAAUUAUUCAAUUUGAAUUAUUCACGAAAUUGAAUUAUUCAAUUUGAAUUGUCGAAUGAAUUGAAUUAUUCGCAAGUCUUGCGAUAAAAUUGUAGAUAUGACUAUCAAUGAUCUACGUCACGUCUAAGAAUUGUCCAUCAUUUGAUCUUUUUAUCAGCUGAAGAACCAGCUGGACCGACUUCGAAGCAAGGCCCUAGCGUCCGACUACGAAGACUCGCCAUUUCUCUCCGGCCGCGGCGCAGGACCCCCUGGCGGGACCAACACGGGUGGAGCUUCGUCCCUCGGGGUCGGGCUCGGGGUUGGUGGAGGACUGCAUGACAACAUGGGCGCAGCGAAUGGCACCGCUGGUGGAGGAAUGGCAGGUGGCGCAGCUCAGCCGUCGCACAUGGAGACGUUCGGCUGCUGAUAGAUGAGUACAACCUAUCUAGAGUUGCGCGGCCGUCACAACUUCUUUCUUCAUCGUUGCAGAAGUAGAAGAUGAGAAGUUCUUUCGGUUCUUUCUCCUUAUUGAAAUUGAUGAACUCCUGGUACACGUACAACAUCAAGAACUCCCUCUCGUUCUUGCCCUUGCGCUUUGAGAUCAUACUUGACACGCUUGACAUUGCUACAUUUCCUCAUGUUCAUGAUCAGGUUCAUGAUGUUGAUGGUCACUGACCACAGGAGAACGUGAGUUCUUCUAUCUUGGUCUUGUCAUUCUUGAACAAUGCCUUCUUAAGCUAUAAAGAUUUUAAGUACUAGAACUAUAAUAAUGAAGAAACGAACGAGCAUCUGGAGGAUGAUGCUCAACAACUGACAUUAUGAUACAUCAAGUAGCGCAGCAGCCGCUUAUAGUUACUCGCUUGCAGCGUUCUUGCAAGUAGAUGAACCUCCGAUUUGCACUACUAGAAGAGGAUCGUGGUGAAAGAAGCCCAAACCUUGGAAACGCACCUCUUUAUGACCCGUGUCAGUACACUUCUUGCGUCUUUAUUUGACAU